AUGCCAUCGUGUAUCGCUCCGAUAGGUGGCGGUAGCGGUGGCUAUUCCAACGGCUACUCCAACGGAUACAGUGGUGGUGAUGGCUACAGCGGUGGUGGAUACAGCGGCGGCGGCGGCUACGGCGGUGCCCGUGGUGGCGGAGACCGCAUGUCCAACCUGGGCGCCGGUUUGAAGAAGCAGGAUUGGGAUCUCGAUGCUCUGCCUAAGUUCGAGAAGUCUUUCUACAAGGAGCACCCUGAUGUCGCCAACCGCUCUCAGCGCGAUGUCGACGAAUUCCGCAAGAAGCACGAGAUGUCUGUGCAGGGCCGCAACGUCCCCCGCCCCGUUGAGACCUUCGACGAGGCUGGUUUUCCUCAGUAUGUGCUCGGUGAGGUCAAGGCUCAGGGUUUCGAGCGUCCCACCGCCAUUCAGUCCCAGGGUUGGCCUAUGGCCCUCUCCGGUCGCGAUGUCGUCGGUAUCGCCGAGACGGGUUCCGGAAAGACCCUGACCUACUGUCUUCCCGCCAUUGUCCACAUUAACGCCCAGCCUCUCCUUGCUCCUGGCGACGGCCCCAUCGUCCUCGUCCUUGCUCCUACCCGUGAGUUGGCCGUCCAGAUUCAGACCGAAAUUACCAAGUUCGGCAAGUCCUCUCGCAUUCGCAACACUUGCGUCUACGGUGGUGUUCCCAAGGGCCCUCAGAUCCGUGACUUGAGCCGCGGCGUUGAGGUCUGCAUUGCUACUCCCGGUCGUCUGAUCGAUAUGCUGGAGGCCGGUCGUACCAACCUUCGUCGUGUCACAUACCUGGUUCUUGACGAGGCCGAUCGCAUGCUGGACAUGGGUUUCGAGCCGCAGAUUCGCAAGAUCAUUUCCCAGAUUCGUCCUGACCGUCAAACUUGCAUGUGGUCCGCUACGUGGCCCAAGGAAGUUAACAUUGGAUCCAUGGACCUGUCCGCCAACCACCGCAUCACUCAGAUCGUCGAGGUCACGGGCAAGAGCCCAAUCAUGGUGGCUACUGACGUGGCUUCCCGUGGUAUCGGUAUGAUGAAACUCGCAAUCCACCCCCUCCCCUCCCCCCUACUUCCCUUUUCCUUUCUCUCGCCCUCACAAGCACCCUCACCCAUUGAGGUUAUGGUAGAGAAGUCGAAUUCUCUGUGCUCUGUUUCGACUUAUGUUCGCGACAUCACUCAUGUGCUGAACUAUGACUACCCCAACAACUCCGAAGACUAUGUUCACCGCAUUGGUCGGACUGGUCGUGCCGGUGCUAAGGGUACCGCCAUUACCUUUUUCACCACUGACAACUCUAAGCAGGCUCGUGACUUGGUUACUAUCCUUACUGAGGCCAAGCAGCAGAUUGAUCCCCGUCUCGCCGAGAUGGUCCGCUACAGCGGUGGCGGCGGCGGUGGCUACGGCGGUUACGGCCGCUGGGGUGGUCGUGGUGGCGGUGGCCGCGGUCGCGGUGGCCGUCAGACUGCUUCCAAUGCCGCUCCCCUUGGAAACAACCGCCGCUGGUAA